CUUGCAUAUUCAAACUUUAAAGGUUUGAAAAGUUUGACUGAUUCUGUGUGUUUCUGUGUAUAUAUGAACAACUAUACUAACUUCUAUUAAAACAAACCCGACCAACUCUUUCAUUCACUAACACCUACUCCAUUUUUCUUGCACUCUUUUUAGCAUUCCUAUAGACCAUCAAUUGAAGAUUGUAAGUUGAAAUCUAAUAUAUUACACCAUGGCAGCUGUUAAUCAAUUAGCUUCAAGCUUUUUGUGUUCCUCUUCUUCAUCAUCUUCGUCUUCUCGUAGAGAUGUAUCAAGAUCUUCUAUUCACUUCCCAAAGAUUGGAACGAACAAUCUGAGUAACCUUAUCCCAAAGAUCCAAUCAGACAUGGGUUUGGUUGAAGAAAUAGAUUUCUCGACAUUCACACACAAGAAUACGAGAAAAAACUCUAGAGCGUCUCCUGAUCCUGAGGUGAUGGAGAAGCUUUAUGUGAUAUUGGAGACUGUUUCAGAUCGGUUGGAGAUGCAUAAGAACGUUGGAGAACAAAGGAAUAACUGGAACAGUUUGUUGUUAACAUCUAUCAACACCAUUACUCUUUCAGCUGCAACCAUGGCUGGCAUUGCUCCUGCUAUAACUACUAUACCUGGUGCCCCUUUGGAAACACUUAAGCUCUCGUCUACUUUCUUGUAUUUGGCCGUCACGGGGAUGUUGAUUAUCAUGAACAAGAUUCAACCAUCCCAACUGGCCGAAGAACAAAGAAACGCUGCAAGGUUGUUCAAGCAACUUGAAAGCCAA